UCUGUCAUGAACUGCUUGGUCAGCUCUGUGCCCACUGAGAAAACAGCUUCAGGUACAGCUGGAUCCAGGAGCUCUCGACGUCUUUCUGCCCUUCUUACCUUGCAUGUGGAAUUGGGACGAGUAGAGGGAUAGACGUCGGGAGGCUGCUGCUGCUCAGGGCUGGGCAAGGCACCCCUGUUGGACCCCAUCACCAUUCAGGCACAGUGGUCCACCACGGAGAGCUCAGCUGUCAGCUGCCUCACAGGAAGAUGUGUGGAUGGGGGGUGUGCAUGGGCACAGCCCUGGGAAUACUGAGCUUCUUUCUGACAGGAGCCGUGGAGGUCCAGGUCCCGGAAGAUCCAGUGGUGGCCCUGGUGGGCACCGACGCCACCCUGCAUUGUUCAUUCGCCCCUGAGCCGGACUUCAGCCUGGAACAACUCAACCUCAUCUGGCAGCUGACAGACACCAAACAGCUGGUGCACAGCUUCGCCGAGGGCCGGGACCAGGGCAGCGCCUACGCCAACCGCACGGCGCUCUUCCCGGACCUGCUGGCGCGCGGCAAUGCGUCCCUGCGGCUGCGGCGCGUGCGCGUGGCGGAUGAGGGCAGCUUCACCUGCUUCGUCAGCAUCCGGGACUUUGGCAGCGCCGCCGUCAGCCUGCAGGUGGCUGCCCCCUACUCCAAGCCCAGCAUGACCCUGGAGCCCAGCAAGGACCUGCGGCCCGGGGACACGGUGACCAUCACCUGCGCCAGCCGCCGGGGCUACCCCGAGGCCGAGGUGGUCUGGCAGGACAGGCGGGGCGCGCCCCUGGCCGGCAACGUGACCACGUCGCAGAUGGCGGACGAGCAGGGCCUGUUCGACGUGCGCAGCGUGCUCAGGGUGGUGCUGGGCCCCGACGGCGCCUACAGCUGCCGGGUGCGGAACCUGGUGCUGCGGCAGGACGCGCACGGCUCCGUCACCAUCGCAGGGCAGCCCAUGGCCUUCCCUCCUGAGGCUCUGUGGGUGACUGUGGGGCUGGCUGUCUGUCUGGUGGCACUGCUGGUGGCCCUGGCCUUUGUGUGCUGGAGAAAGAUCAAGCAGAGGUGUGAAGAGGAGAGCACAGGAGCUGAGGACCAGGAUGUGGAUGGAGAGGGAUCCAAGACAGCCCUGCGGCCUCUGAAGCACAAGGAAAACAAAGAAGAUGAUGGACCGGAAAUCGCUUGACCAGGGAGCUACUGCCCCUACCUGGGGGUUCCUACCUGCUGGCUGCACUGGGAGGGUCCCAAUGUGACACCCCUCCCCUCACCCCCCAAGGAAGGGCUCCGCGCUGGCUGCUGUGGACAGGCUCGGAAGAAGGCGGUACGUGGGCCACCCGCAGCCUGAUUUCUAUAAGGGACACGAUGCUCAGAGUCAUCCCUGCUGCCUUACUUCUCCACUGAUGGUACAGGAACUAGCCGCUGCCUUAUUUCUUAUGGACACAGUACACAGUCUCUCCAUUUCCUUGUCCCACAAGAGCCACCGGAACAACAGACCCCGUGUAUAGACUAACCCGCUGCCUUAGUUUCCCCAAGAGACUACGCAGACAGACACCCCAUGCGGCUUGUGUCUCCUGUGCCCAGUUUCCUCCCCACCCCCCCCGCCCGAUCUGGGGGUGAUCCAUCUCUUGAAUCAACACGCUGAGUCUCCUGCCUCCUCCUGCUCUAGCCCCCAAACCUUGACUCCCAUCUAAGUGUGACCCAUACACACAGAUCCACUGCAGCCUGUGGCCACGCGUGCUGGAUCACGUGGCCGCUGGCCCCCCUCUGGUCUCCUCCCCACCUGCCUGCCCUGUGGGAAGCCCGUGCUGGUCACUGCUUCUCUGAGGGUCCGCAGGAGGGGGUACCCUGGCAAUCAGCCCCUUUAUCCUUGUGAUUUUUUUUCCACCUUUUUUUUUUUUUUUAAUUAAG